GAUUCCAGUCUCUUAUUCAAAUCAGUGCAUGGUUGCUAGGGGAAUUUGGACCCUAGCAAUCAGAUUGCUGAAAUUGCAAACUGGAGAGCUGAAAAUAUCACAUUCUACAUCAUACGAAGGGGCAGAUUUAUCAAGGGUCGAAGAAUCCAGCCUUGGGAAACAGCCAUGGACGAGUACACUAAAAUAGAAAAGAUCGGAGAGGGCACAUAUGGGGUUGUGUACAAAGGUCGUCACAAAGCAACUGGCCAGGUUGUUGCAAUGAAGAAAAUUCGAUUGGAAAACGAAGAGGAAGGUGUCCCAAGUACAGCAAUCCGAGAAAUAUCACUACUUAAAGAGCUUCAGCACCCUAACAUAGUUUGUCUCCUAGAUGUCCUCAUGCAAGAUUCAAGGUUGUAUCUUAUCUUUGAGUUUCUCUCCAUGGAUCUAAAGAAGUAUUUGGACUCCAUACCCAGCGGCCAGUAUAUAGAUACGAUGCUCGUUAAGAGUUACCUAUACCAGAUCCUACAAGGCAUUGUAUUUUGCCACUCCAGAAGAGUGCUACACAGAGACCUGAAACCGCAGAACCUGCUCAUCGACAGCAAGGGAGUGAUAAAGUUGGCAGAUUUUGGGCUAGCCAGAGCUUUCGGCAUUCCAGUUCGGGUUUACACACAUGAGGUAGUGACAUUAUGGUACAGAGCCCCAGAAGUGCUGUUGGGGUCAGUCCGAUAUUCCACGCCGGUUGAUGUUUGGAGCAUAGGAACCAUUUUUGCUGAGAUUGCCACAAAGAAACCCCUCUUCCACGGUGACUCUGAAAUUGACCAGCUCUUCAGGAUAUUCAGAGCUUUGGGAACACCCAACAAUGAGGUGUGGCCAGAAGUAGAAUCUUUACAAGAUUACAAGAACUCAUUCCCCAAAUGGAAAGGGGGGAGCUUGUCGGCGAACGUGAAAAAUAUCGAUAAGGAUGGGCUGGACCUACUGGCUAAAAUGCUAAUCUAUGAUCCAGCCAAGAGAAUUUCCGCACGUAAAGCUUUGCUGCACCCCUACUUCGAUGAUUUGGAUAAGUCCAGCCUUCCUGACAAUCAGAUUAGAAACUAACACAUCGAGCGUAGUUUCUGUAUGGGAAUCUUGAUGUAAAUCACUUUCUUUUUUUUUUAUUGUCUGUAUGUGAUAUAUAUGUGUGUGUGUUUGUCUCGUCUUCUGCUGCUGAUAUUGCUGCACCCUAAGUACUUAUAUAUGCACCACACUCUAAUGUAAAUAUGGACUUGCCAAACUUGUGUAUAGAUGCAUCUCCACACUGACAUUUCAUUUCCAAUAAAGCUUUAUUGUAUAUUGCUGAAAA